AUGAUAGAUGGAAAGAAAUGCGAUAUAGUAUGCCCUGAUGAUGGAGACAUGAUAUGCACAUUCGAUAUUCAUAAUAAGAUAUACAAGAUGUUUCCAAAUGAUUGCGCGAUGGCUGGAUAUGCGCAGUGUCAUCAAGUCGAUUUCGUAAGGACACCGAUGAAAUUUUGUAUAAAGGAACACUUUGUGAGCGCUAGGCGAGUGUAUGGCGAAUCAUGUCCAGUGUUCUGUCCAAGUCACUACAGUCCAGUAUGCGGAGCUUCGAAGUACAGAGGCUAUAAUUACAGAACGUUCAACAACGGGUGCUAUUUAGACAUGAUCAAUUGUAGGGGAGAUGAUGACUAUGAAGGUUAUGUGGAAGUGCCGUUGAGCUUCUGUCAGCGACAUCUUAUGAAAAAUAUAUUUAAAGAAAAAAUAACUGUUUCAAACAUCUACGAUUACAGAGAUUAUGAUUAA